AUGCAAUCCGAGUUCGUCGAAAUGAUGUCAUCCGGAGGCUUUGUGCUACACAAGUGGGCCUCCAAUCACCCUGCAUUGUUGCAAUGCGUUCCGAAUACCGACGCCGAGCAAAUCGCAUUUUUUGAGGACGAGAAGACCACACGAACAUUAGGGUUAACCUGGCAGCCCCGCAACGAUGUGUUCCUCACCAAAGUACACGAGACUCAGUUCCAUACCGGCCAACCAACGAAGCGAACUGUAAAUUCGGACAUUGCCAAACUGUUCGACCCACUAGGCUUGCUGGGUCCGCUGAUCUUUGCUGCGAAAGUGAAGCUGCAGAAACUGUGGCACCUCGAAGUGGACUGGGACGAAGCUUUGAGCACCGAAGAGACCGAAUCUUGGGAAUGUUUCCGCAACCAAAUCGUUCAAAUGGGCGAAAUCUCGAUUCCACGCUGUGUACUCCCCUACAAUUCACCAAACAGAAUAGAAUUGCACGGCUUUUGCGAUGCAUCUGACCUGGGCUACGGUGCAUGCACCUACAUUCGAUCGGUCGAUUCGAAUAACGAUUGUUCGGUACUAUUGCUAACUUCUAAGUCUCGAAUCGCACCCCUCAAAAACGCAAAACUGACUACCGCACGUCUCGAACUUUGCGGUGCGCUUGUACUUGCACGAUUGAUUUCUAACAUAACGCAAAACUUGAGCAUUACCUUUUCCAGAAUCACUCUCUGGUCCGAUUCCACGACCACUUUAGCUUGGAUUAGGACCGACCCAAGCAGACUGAAAACCUUCGUCUGCAAUCGCGUCAUAGACAUCCAAAACCUGACGCACGACAUGGAAUGGAGGUACGUCAAUACCCUCGACAACCCUGCUGAUGUCCUAUCCCGAGGUCUAUUAUCGAGCGAAAUCAAAGACUGCGAACAAUGGUGGACUGGACCACCGUUUCUGCGAGAAACCGACACCUUUUGGCCGAACCAACCACAAAACACACCCGCUGAGCAGCUCCCGGAAACGAAAAACACCACAAUUAGCCUCACAGUCACAGACCCUCCUGUAAAGUUCCGGUUGUUCGAGAUCGAAAGUGAGUUCCGGAAAAUGCAACGAAAAAUGGCCUGGAUGCUACGAUUCAUCGAUCACGUUCGUAAGGGGCACCAGAAGGAUCAUCGAUACGGAGAGCUGACCGUUCCAGAACUUCAUCAAACAACAGUGGCCCUGACCAGCAUUGCGCAGAGAGAAGCCUUCCCAGACGACAUCCAACGCCUACGCUCUGGAAAGGUAAUUCACCAUAAAAGCAAAUUAAUCACCUAUUCUGUGUUCGUAGAGAAGUCUCGGUUCAGCGUUUUGCGAGUUGGUGGAAGAAUUCGCCAUGCUGCCAUUCCCGCAGCGCAGAAACAUCCCAUGGUCCUACCGUCUGGUCACCCGUUCACACUGGCCUUGAUCAGAGCGUACCACGUCGAAAUGCUCCACGCUCCUCAGCAAAUGCUGCUAACAACGCUGCGACGACGAUUUUGGGUUCUUCACGGGCGAAGCACUGUCCGACAAGUCAUCCGAAAGUGCAUCACGUGCUUCAGAGCGAAACCGAUCUCCAUGCAGCAACAAAUGGGAGACCUACCGAAAUCUCGUUUGGAGGGAGUGUACCCCUUCUUCAACACUGGAGUCGACUUUUGCGGGCCAAUCUACAUCCGUCAACAUAAUAAGCGAUCAUCCGUCACCUACAAGGCAUAUGUAGCGGUGUUUGUAUGCUUCGCUACUCGAGCCAUACUCCUGGAGCUGGUAGGAGAUUUGACCGCAGAUGCCUUCAUUGCGGCCCUACACCGUUUCGUCUCCCGAAGAGGUAAAUGCGCUAAACUGUUUUCCGAUAAUGGCCUUAAUUUCGUCGGUAGCAAGAACAAGCUGAGGGAAAUGUACGACAUGUUCCGGUCACAACAACUUAAAACCAAGUUGGACGACUUUUGGCCAAAUCAGCAAUCGAAUGGCACCUGA